AUGCAAAGACCAUGCGACAGAGCGGGUGAAGCGAAGGCUAAGCGGAGCUGGUAUCGAGAUAUUCAUCUCCCUUACUACACCCCUGCGCCCGUGGCUCGAUACGGCUACUUGGGUUUUGGCGCGUUCAUCUUGCCGAUGAGACUGGCCACCGUCCGUUUUGUCUUUGGGAUUAGUGCAAGGAGUGAGAGGGCAUUCUCCAUGGGACUGGGAGGAAGAAGACAAUGUUUACGACGCGUUCUUGUCUAUCUCCUAUUUUGUUUCUCCCCACCUCUCUUGUAUUGCCGCAAGCCGCUUGCCACACUAGACAAUGAAUUCGUUAAAUCAUCAUCAUACCGUCGCCUCCUUGCAUGCCGUCUGUCUGACUUCAGCAUACUCUUGCUUCUUACCCUCACCGCCGUAACGCGCACUCCUCGUGCCAUGACUGCUUCCCCAAACUGCAACUGCGACACUCGUACCCUGUUCUCCAUCGUCUGGGGCUGCCUUUCAACCAUCUUCGCAUGCAUCUGGGUAUCUGUUCACCCCAAUGUCCCGCCGCCACGGCCACCACCACCGCCAAAGGAUGCUGGCUUUUGGGCGUCUCUGAAGUGGAGGGUAGUAGACGUCAAUGUGCCCCUGCGCCGCCGUUUCAAGGUCAUGCUGGUUGCGCUAUUCGCGCCGGAGCUGAUAUUUGGCUUUGCGCUGAGGCAGUUUAUUAUCGCGCGAACUUUUACACGACGUACGGCUCUCUGUUUCUUGUAG